AUGAUUCUUUGCUAGAUGAGAUUUUUGAAGAUAAUGACUAUGAUAGUGAUGCUAAUAUGGAAAAAUUAACUAAUAAAACCAAUGUGAUUAUUCUAGACAAUGAAAAACAAAUUAAUAAAGAAAAGGCUAGAGGAAGGGAGAAAGGACGUGAAAGUAAAGAAGUAAAAAAUAUAGUUUUAAGAAAAAAAGCUAAAAUAUCUGCACAGUUACCUGUACUACCUGUUUUUAGUUACUUAGAACAUAAUGUACCAUUUCAUCAAGGUUUUAUUUGA